UGGUUCAUAUUUCGACAAAUCUUGAAAAAUGACGACGUUAGAACUCUACAGAAGAUCGACUAUAGGCGUUUGCUUGACGGAGGCUUUGGAUGAGAUGGUUGAACGUGGUACUCUUAGGCCGGAGCUAGCGAUCCAAGUUAUACUCCAGUUUGACAAGUCUAUGGCUAAAGCUUUGGAAAGUCAAGUUAAGAGUAAAGUUUCCAUUAAGGGACAUUUGCACACGUACAGAUUCUACGACUAUGUUUGGACUUUUAUUCUAACGGAGGCAUUGUUUAAGAAUAAAUAUUCGCAGGAGAAUGUUGAUCGGGUUAAAAUAGUGGCAUGUGACUCAACGCUACUCAGUGCAAUGAAGUUUUAGAAAUCUGUCUUGUGGCAGUGGAGAAGCAACGAAGAAACCUAAGUUUUAGCUACCAUGGAAGAUUGAAUAUUAGUUUUAGAGCCAUCAACCUUCGUAACUACUGUUUUUUGAUCAUGGUGCAUGCCAUAUUCAAUGAUGUAUCUUCCUCAUUCACUUAAUUAAAGAAGAUCAAACACUUGGGGAGAUGGACACAAUUUAGUGAUAAAAUCAUGAAAACCACGAAUCAUACAAUAGUGGUGCGCAUAUCACGACAUAUUAAUUGUUGCAUGCACACCCUUUUAUUGGUUUGCA